AUGAAGUGUGUAAUUGGUGAUGGAGCUUCUGCGAGUUUCUGGUAUGAUUCAUGGACAUCUCUAGGACCUCUAAUUGAGGUUUCAGGAGAGAGCGGUCCUCGGAGUAUGAGGCUGAGAAAGAGUGCUUCUGUUGGUGAUGCAACAAGGGAUGGGGCAUGGCACCUACCACCUGCAAGGUCACCUGAAAUUCAAGAGAUCCAGACAGCAAUCAAUGCAGUAGAGCCGCCAGCUCCAUCAAAUGGACCAGACAUUUUUCAAUGGCGUAAGUCCAAUGACACUUUUGGCUCUGCGUUUUCCUCCAAAGUCACUUGGGAGAACCUUCGAGAGCAUGCUGCCACAGUCUACUGGCAUAAAGCAAUAUGGUUCAAGGAACGUAUUCCCAGGAACUCGUUCAUGGCUUGGCUGGCUUUGUUAAGGCGUCUGCCUACUAAAGACAGGUUGUUACGCUGGGGUAUGAACGUUACAGGGGAGUGUGUGCUCUGUUCCUCUGCUAUGGAAACACACCACCAUCUUUUCUUUGAAUGCAGUUACUCUUCAGUGAUCUGGAAUGCUUUUGCCUCCCAAAUUUGGUCCAAUCCGCCAUCAGACUUGCACGCUGCAGCAGCUUGGAUUCUAUCACCUCCGCACCGUUCCAACUACAACGCCUCCACUCUCGCAAAGCUUCUCUUCCAGUCCAUCAUCUAUGUCAUUUGGAAGGAAAGAAAUGCGCGCAUCUUCACUUCAGUAUCCUCCCCAACAUCAGUCCUGCAUCUUUCUGUGGACCGGCUGCUUAGGGAUCGGAUGUUGUCUCUUCCAACAAGGUCGUCAGCCCAGCCGUCCUUGCUCCAAUUCUAUUUUUCCACUUACAGACCUCCUUGA